CAGCCAGCCGGGGAGGAGAGAGAGAGAGAGAGAGCUUGGCCGGGCUGCCGACGGAACGCUCCCCCCAGCGGCUUCUCCCUCGCUCUCCUGCUCCGCUCGCAGCCGAGGGAAGCGCCGACGGCUUGUCUCUCCUCCCCCCGGGCAUUCCCGGCCCUCUGGCCUGGGCGGAGGGGAAACCCCGAGGGGGAGGGCUCUACCUCCACCUCCGCCGCCUCCCUCCUGCCUUCCCAGGCCGAGGACUAGGAGCGCCCGUCGCUCGACAGCCAGCUUCAGCAGCCUUCCUCUGCAAAGCAUCCUCCGUGCGCCCCGUCCAGCGCACCGGUCGCCACCUGCCCAGCCUCGAUGGCGCGCCCCAGCCCGGAAAGCGGGGCGGCGGGGAUGGCCCCCGGGCUGCUGCUCCUUCUACUCCAGCCUCUGCUGCAGCUGGGGGCGUCGGGGGCCGGGGAGCCGGAGCCCGGGCCGCCCUACGACGCGCUCUACGCAGCCGGCGUGGAGGCGCACUCGCAGGGGGACUUCGCCGGCGCCGUGCGCUUCUUGGAGGCAGCGCUGAGCGCCGAGCGCCGCCUGCGGGAGGCGCGCCUGGGCUGCGCGCUGCGCUGCCGUCGGGAGGCGCCGCUCAAAGAAGCUGAGCCGCGCGAGGAUGCUGCCCGUCGGGACCUGCGCUUCUUCGGCGUGCUGCUCCGCCGGGCGCGCUGCCUGCGCUCCUGCCGCCGGGAAGCGCUGCCCGGUGCGGACUCCAGACACAUCGCCAGCGACGAGGUGCGCGCGGAUUUCCAGCGCAGGGUGCCUUACAGCUUCCUCCAGAGAGCCUACAUCCAGCUGAACCAGUUGGACAAGGCAGCUGCUGCCGCCCACACCUUCUUCCUGGCGAACCCGGAGCACAUGGAGGUUCAGCAAGACCUGGAGAAUUACAGGACCUCAGCGGGGAAGGUGGACCUGAUUGACCGAGAGGCCCGACCGCACAUGGAGGACUAUCUUUUGGGAGUGAAGCAUUACGACAAAGAAGAGUACCACGCGGCCAUUGAGUUCCUGGAAAGGGCUCUGAGGGGCUACCACGUGGCUGAUACAGAGUGCCGGGUCUUGUGCGAAGGAUCGCAGAAAUUUGAGGACUACGAAUACCUGGACUAUAAGGCCACCCUCUACGAAGGGAUCGCAGAUCACUACAUGCAAGUCCUGGUGUGUCAACACGAGUGUGUGAGGGAGCUGGCGACGCGCCCAGGGAGACUCUCCCCCAUCGACAACUUCCUUCCCCUCCAUUACGACUUCUUGCAAUUCGCCUAUUACAGAGUGGGUGAUUACGUCAAAGCUCUGGAGUGCACCAAGUCUUACCUCCUGUUCCAUCCGGAUGACGAAGACGUCUUGGACAACGAAAGCUACUAUGAAGUCAACUUGGAAGGGUCUGUGGACUUGGGGAGCAUCAAGCCUAGAGAGGAAGCUGUGGCAUUUCUGAGGCGACAUAAGCUGGAAUCGUACCUGCUGCAGACCGGGGCAGCUGGCCUGGGUUUCUUGUACACGGAGCCGACAUACUGGAGCAUCUCUGGGGCUCGGCAAGAUGAGCACAGGAUUCCUUCGGGGGUCCUGAGCGACAACGCAGACGGCUCUGGGAAGACAGUAGGAAAGAAAACUGUGCCCAAACUGGACCGGGAGCUCAGGGAAGGUGGCCCCCUCCUCUUCAGCGAUGUGAAGUUUGUGUACAACUCAGAGCAGCUGAACGGGACCCAGAGGGUGCUGCUGGACAACGUGAUCACAGAGGACGAGUGCCAGGAGUUGUACCGGGUCGCCAAUGGAAUUCUGCUGGCUGGAGAUGGGUACCGGGGGAAGACGUCACCCCACACACCCAAUGAGAAGUUUGAAGGGGCCACCGUCCUCAAAGCUCUCAAGUUUGGCUACGAAGGGAGAGUUCCCCUGGGGAGCGCCCGCCUCUUCUACGAUGUCAGCGAGAAAGCCCGCAAGAUCGUGGAGUCAUAUUUCAUGCUCAAUUCCACCCUCUAUUUCUCCUACACGCACCUGGUGUGCCGGACGGCUCUGUCAGGCCAUCAGGAGUGGAGGAAUGACCUCAGCCACCCCAUCCAUGCUGACAAUUGCCUCCUGGACCCGGAAGCCAAUGAGUGUUGGAAAGAGCCCCCCGCUUACACUUUCCGAGAUUACAGUGCCCUCCUGUACAUGAACAGCGAUUUUGAAGGGGGCGAAUUUAUCUUCACUGAGAUGGAUGCCAAGACUGUGACGGCCUCUAUCAAACCCAAAUGUGGCCGCAUGAUCAGCUUUUCAUCUGGUGGGGAGAAUCCUCAUGGGGUGAAGGCCGUGACCAAAGGCCAGCGGUGCGCCGUUGCCUUGUGGUUCACCCUCAACCCUCUCUACCGGGAACUGGAGAGGAUCAAAGCAGACGAAGUCAUUGCGGCCUUGAACCAGGAGCACCUCGGACCCAGUGAAGCUGGCAUCAACCCCAGGGACGAGCUAUGAACUAGGCCACGGACACGCCAUUAAAAAAAAAUAUUUAUUUAAUAUUUGUUCUAAAUCUUAUCAGCAGAACCCUUUAUUUUUGUACAAAUCCUUGGUAUAAAUUAACGGACAGGUUUCACAGGGGACGUUGGAGGGGUUCCCAGGCUCUCUCCCCCUCCUCCUCCUGCGCUGGGCACAGCCCUCAGCUCCCGGAGCCAUGCUUCUCCUGGCAAUCCCCGGAAGUCCCUGCACUUUUCAGGACCCCACACUCUCAGCUGUGGUCCGCCUUCGGCAUCCCAGACCAGCGCCGGCUCUCGCCUUUGAGUGGGGUCAAGAAGAAAGAGCCUCUAGGCCUCCAAGCUGCCUCCUUUCUCUUGGACGCCUUCCUCCUAAUCCCAGAUUUCGGCACAUCUCGGUUUUGAGUGUCGUCACUGGCAAGGAACAGCUGCUUUCCCAAAAGCCCAGGGGCACUCUCUGCUUUGGUCCUCUGGACGUCCCAUGAAGAUGAAGACUGGGAGAUUCAGGCCAGAGGCCAGAAAGGACUUCUUCACACAGCACAGAGUUAAACUGUGGAACUCCCUCCCACAGGAGGCAGAGAUGGCUGCCAGCCCAUGUGGCUAUACUAGAGCAGGCAUGUCCAACAGGUCGAUUGCGAUCUACCGGUCGAUUGUGGGGCGUCCAUGGUUGAUCCUGGUCGAUUGCGUGAUCCAGAUCGAUCGACCCAAAAGGAAAAGGAAAAGGAAAAAGAGCUCAAUAACUGUGGUCAUCUCUCCCCUAAAGAAAGCUCAAGAACUUUGGUGAAGGCUCUCCAAAAAAAGCUCCACAACUUUGGUCAAUCCAAUAGGUAGAUCACUGCCAUUUUUAUUUUUAUUUUUAGUGUGAGUAGAUCGCAGUCUAUUGGAAGUUGGAUGUGCCUGUACUAGAGGAAUGGAGAAAGAGAGGGCUUGCCAAGGGCUACCAGCUGCAGGGGCAAUGCAUUGAGGCAUCUGGUUGGCUGCUGUGAGAACAGGAUGCUGGACUAGAUGGGCCAAUGAUCGGAUCCAGCAGGCUCUUCUUAAGUCCUUAUGGGACCAGCUGGCACUUAGAAGGUGGGCUAUAUAGUCAGACUUGGUCUAAAGCAGGCAUCCCCAAACUGCGGCCCUCCAGAUGUUUUGGCCUACAACUCCCAUGAUCCCUAGCUAACAGGACCAGUGGUUGGGGAAGAUGGGAAUUGUAGUCCAAAACAUCUGGAGGGCCGAAGUUUGGGGAUGCCUGGUCUAAAGCAACUGCCAACGAAUUGAGAGAGGAUCUUCCCUUCCCAAUUUUGGCACUUUGACAGUCAUGUAAUAAUAAUAAUAAUAAUAAUAAUAAUAAUAAUAAUAAUAAUAAUAAUAAUAAUAAUAUAUUUAUACCCAGCCCAUCUGGCUGGCUGCGAGAUCUACAGAGCCCGUGGAAUCGCCUGAUCCUUUUGUAAAGCCCAUGGUAUCCUGCAGCAGUGAGUUCCAUAUGUUAACCGUGAGCUGAAUGAAGACUCCCCCUCUUGCGUUCCUUCUAAUUGUUAUGCCAGAAUCUCAUGGGAUGGAUAACCUACCAAUUAAUAUGAACUCUCUCCAGAUUGUAAAAGGAAAGAGUUUGAGGCGGGAACCACAUCUGUCUUGUCUCUCUUUGUGGAUGAGGAAUUGAUCCCAAUCAACAGUUCGAGAGCAUCUGAUGCUGUCACAUGGCUGAAGCUUUUCCUUACGCGGGUGGGAGGAAACAGAACACUGGAAUCCUUACGUAAAAUGCACUGAGCCUGUAAAGGAAAGCUAUUAGAUGGCAUUGCUAUUCACAAGAAUUUUCAAAGUGAAUCUAUGGACCUAUGGACCACACUCCAUUUUUGUUAGCACACUCCUUAGAUCUGGAGUCACAAACACACCCAAAACUCUUCUGCACAAGCUCCACUUCUGCACACGCUCCACUGAACAUAAGAGAGAGGGAGAGAUACUUUCCUUAAUCCACUUUCUCCAUCAUUUCAUAAACCUCUGUCAUUUCACCCCUUACUCACCUUUUCUCUAAACACGAAUUAGUCCCAAAUGCCACAACCUAGAGGAGUCACUCCGCCCCCUUGAUCGUUUCGCUGGCCCUUUUUGGACUGAACGUUUUCCAACUCCCAGCAAUUUCCUUUUUAAGGUGAGCUGAAUAAAAUGAAUGAGAGCCUCUUGGGCACCCCAUGAAGCUGAACAUCGGAAGAUUCAGGGCAGGCAGAAGAAAUUGCUUCUCCCUGCAGCACAGAGUUAAACUAUGGAGCUCACAAAGAACAUAAGACCUGCCUGCCAGUGGCCCUUCUAGCCCAGCUUCCUGCUCUCACUGCGGCCGACCAGAUGCCCAAAUGGGAAAUCUGAAAACAGAACCCGAGCCCAAGAGCAGCCCUCUCCCCUCCUGUGGUUUCCUGCAACUGGCAUUCAGAAGUUAGCAGCCACUGAUGGCCCUCAUCUCUAUAAGGAGGCAGAGACAGCCACCAACCUGGAUGGCUUUAGAAGAGGAUUGGACAAACUCAGGGAGGAGGAGAAGGCAGAAUCCUGUAGGCAGGUUUCCCUUGGGGGCACCUGGUCUGCCACUGUGAGAACAGGAUGCCAGAGUAGGUGGGCCAUUGGCCUGAUCCAGCAGGUCGCUUCCACUGUUCUUUGGAAAGCCCACAGUUCCUCUGCCUUGCAUGCAGAAGGUCCAUUCCUGGUGAUGUCCAUGAAGGGCUGGGAACGAUUCCUUCCUGAAACACAGAAAAAGUCUUUUCCAAUGCUGAGCUAGCUGGAUGAACGACCUGACUCAGGAGAAGGCAGCUUCCGAUAGGAAGCUUGUUCUGCAAGAGGACAAGAUUGAGUAGAAUUGUGCUUCCCAAGCUGUCUCUUUACGCCCCCCUCUGCUGGCCAUAUUUGCACCCUUGCAUCCACCAGCUCAGAUAGCAUCCUCAUCAUGUGCCUGUAUUGGUCUUUCCAACCUUCAGUUCCUUGUCAUUUUCUCUGCUGGAGGGUCUUGGCGUCGCUGGUGUAAACAGCCCGCAAGCCCUCAUUCCUCAUUCCCCUUGCCUCCAAACAUGCAUACAACCUGGCACCCCAAUUGCACCCACACAGCCACAGAGGUAGCCAGAGUCCUGCAGAGAUGCUGAGGAGUGCUUGAUGUCAAUCCCCAGAGCUGUGUCUAAGCCCGGGAGGAAUAAACAAAAUUCAGAAAACA